CUCCAACAGAACUACAAGGAAAAGGACGCCGGCAAGGUGGUGGUCUAUACGACCAGUAUGGGCAUUGUGAGGGAAACGUACACCAAGUGCGCCAACGUCAAGCAGAUCCUGAGGACGUUGCUGGUGAAAUUCGAGGAGCGGGAUGUGUUCAUGAGCAGCGACUACCAGCAGGAGAUCAAGGACCGGAUGCAGAGCGAGGCCAUUCAGGUGCCGCAGGUGUUCGUCGAGGGGCAGCAUGUGGGGGAUGCCGACUGCAUCGAGCGGCUAAACGAAAGCGGCGAGCUCCGGAAGAUGUUGAAACCCUACAAAUGCCUGGAAUCGUCCUUCACGUGCAAAACCUGCGGCGGCUACCGGCUGCUUCCCUGCCCGUCGUGCGGCGGCUCCAAGAAAUCCAUCCACCGCAACCACUUCACGGCGGAAUUCAUCGCGCUCAAGUGUAUGAACUGCGACGAGGUGGGCCUGGUCAAGUGUCACAACUGUUGAGUGCGUCCUUUCCCGGGGAUCGUUUUGUGGUAGGAAAAAUGUUAGGUAUUUUUAGGCAGUCUUUUGCGUGAUUGGGUUGAGGAUGCUUGAGAGGUUGAAUCGCUUAGCGUUAAGCUUGAAGGUGGCCAGCGUGAACCGUGCGAGUGAAUGGGACUUGGGAACCGCUGACUUGGAAACACACUUGCAAUACUAGUUUUUAGUGAGAGCUACUGUUAGGAGUUGUGAUACAAACGAAACAAUCAUUCUUCAGAUUUUAGCUGGGUAAGAGACUACGCAAGUAAUAAAAUUUACACACACAAGCAAAUACUUACUUUAUACACACACCCACAUAUUCCAAUUUGCUCACAUUUACCUUAUUCCAAGAGAAGAACAAGCAAAGCAUUGUUGUUAAGUUUUGUUAUGACGUUUGUCACUCGUUUUGUUACUGCUUUAAACUUCAAAAAUCCCAAUAUUUAUACAUUUACCUCCUCGUAAAGCUGUUACUAACAUUAACCCCCGACGUUGUCUUAACUGUUAUGCUAUUGAGUAGUUUUAUGUAGUUAGUUAACGUUAAGAUUGGCUUCUAAGACCAACACACACCCGAACAGCGACUAUUGAUUUUAAGGCAUUUUUGCAUCUGCGUUAGGGUGACCAGAGAAAGAGAUGUUCCAACUGUAAAUAGAGAAUUGCGCUCCAGAAGGGAAAUGACUAAUUUUUAAUCGAGAAAUGUACUGAAACGGCAAUCGCACUUCAAACAAUGAAACAACGAAGGAAGAUUGAGUGUUGCUCAAAUGUGCGAGGAGAAAAAUCCUCGCGAAAGGUAUCAGUUUAGAAAAAAAAGUGCAUAGAAUUAAGAGAAACCCCAACCACAAAUUUUUGCAGGAUGGCUUCCGGCGUUUGUUUUACUUGAGUGUGCAUGUGAGCAGGAGUUUGUUGCUUGCCCGAUCCCUCCUAUUGUUAAUGUGGUUGAGUAUACGUAGGAAGAGCUAACUUGUAGUUUAGUAGAAGUAGAUGUGAGUAUUAUACGAGAAUAAAAAAAUAAAA